AUGUUCCGGAAAACGAAACAAACCACGGCUCCACUGCCAAAGCCGCCGACCGAAGAGCAGAUGCUGGAGGAUCUACAGUUGUACCACGAAACGAAACCACCAACCAGUGCGACUGCGACGGGACGACCGGCCGAAGGCUCGGACCAGUCGGGUGAGGCCAACAUAAACGAUUGGUGGAAACUGUUCGAAGCAACGCUGGAAGACCACCUCGAAUUUCAGCACAUCAAGCAUAGUUUGGAGGAAAUGUGUAAAAAGCUGCAGCAUACGGAAAGUGAAUUGCAGGCCGCUUGCGACGGCAUUCAGCACCAGCUCGAGCACGAUCUGGAACGGCUGCGCACUACCAUGAACGGAUAG